CCGCGGCCUCGGGGGAGGCGCGCCUCUCUUCCUCCGGGCCGCCGUAGUUUAGGAGAAAAAAAACGGUUACCCAGCAACGAGAAAAAACAACCGGAACCAUCCGCACCAGCUCGGGGAGAAAGCAGAGGUACUCUAGGCAAUUCCUCCCAAAGAGAUGUCGAUUCCAUUCUCCAACACCCACUACCGAAUUCCACAAGGAUUUGGGAAUCUUCUUGAAGGCCUGACACGUGAGAUUCUGAGGGAGCAACCAGAAAACAUACCAGCUUUUGCAGCAGCAUAUUUUGAGAACCUUCUAGAGAAAAGAGAGAAAACCAACUUCGAUCCAGCAGAAUGGGGGGCUAAGGUUGAAGACCGCUUCUAUAACAACCAUGCAUUCAAGGAGCAAGAACAAUCUGUUCAAGAAAAGUCACAGACAUCUGUGAAAGGGGAAGACAUACCAGGCAAUGCCGUAGAGUUGAACGAAGAUAAAGAAAAAGAGGAAUUUGCUGCUGUCAAAAUCCAAGCAGCCUUCCGGGGACAUGUAGCCAGAGAAGAGGUAAAGAAAAUGAAAUCAGAUAAAGUUAAAGAUGAGACAGAAGACGAAAUGGAGUAAGGACACUGGUUUCCCCCCAGAAAACUUGAAAAAAUAAUCCAAAUCCAUCAACCUUGUUGGGAUUAUCGGGGUUUUUUUUUUCCUUAGUAAGGGAAAUUUGAUGUUGUGAAAUAACAUUUGUUGCUGUUGUGAAAAUCUGUCAUGAGCAUUUGUUUAAUAAACAUGCCAUUGAAACA